CUAUAGGGCUCAAUGAUAGCACUCUGUCGAGUGCUGUCAGGGCUACAAGAGAUUUCUGAAAAUACGUGAAACUCGUUGAGCUUUUUGACAUUUUAGAUCGGAGGAAUACUGUGAGAAACUCGGAUUCCAGGUGGCAGACACGUGUGCGUGUGUGUAUGUUCCGAACUGCGGAACGAAACUCGUUUCCGAUUGCUGUUCGAAGAGUCGCCAGGCAGAGCGCAACUCCACGAAAAUUGUUCGUUCGAGGAUUCGCGUCGCGCGUAUAUUCCGUAAAUCGCAGCGAGUCCGGUAUCUCACGAAGAGAGAAACGCGAUGGCAUCGAUGCAAGAGAGAAUGAAAGUCAAACGUGGCGCAAGCUCUGGACCCAUAGACCCAUGGACCACGCGGGAGCAAUUGUGUCUCGCAUCAAGCGUACUGAAGACCGGGGAUCAGAAUUUGAAUUUUAUGAGUGUGUCCAGAUCGUUGAAACCAUUUGCUGAAAAAGAGCCGGUAAGGCCCGCGGACUGGUUCUCGUUUAAGUCAUGCGCCGCGCAAUACUCCCAUCUACUGGAUCAUGUCAAUACGCCGAAGAGGAAGAAGCGGGAGAGCGGCGAGACCGCGUUCGAGUCCGUAGUCAGAAAAUUGACGCAGGAGAGAAUAUCCGAGUUGACGCAGACGCUGAGCCGUCAGAAGGAGGAGUAUCUGCGGCUCAAGGCGGACUUAAGUCAACUCAAGUCCGGCGCGAUCAGCGACGAGAAGCUGGAGAAGAUGUGGCUCGACAUACAGCAGGAGGAACGUGAGGCGGAGCAGAAGGUGCGGACACAUAUGGCGUGGCUGGCGAAACGUCAGCAGCAGCAGCAGCAGAAGCAGGACAUGAGCUCGCCGUCCGUCUCGACCGCGAGCGCGAACCAGACUCGCCAGACCAAGGUGAUGGAGGGUACAACGGAGGUGCCGCAUGAACCGGCUGCGGUCGCGGAAUCGCCGGUCGCGGAGAACGACGAGGAGAAGAAGAUCAACAAGGGCGGCAGAUCACCGUUGCUGACGAGCCUGCUCAAGUCCCCCAGUCCGACCACUCAGACCGUGCAGUCCUUUCCAUCCACGCCCGUGCAGGUGAGCUCGCCGACCAUCACCAGCCUGCUCGGGUCCAGCUCCAAGGCGCUGAAUCCACAGCUGGCGCAGAACGUGUCGCCGCAGUUGCAGCAGAUGGUCUCGACGGCGAUUGCCAGCGCGAACGCGACACCGGAACGGCCGUCCGUCGGCGCGCCCACGCUCUCCAUGCUGCUGGAAAUGCCAGCGAGCACGCAGAGAGGGCCCCUGCCGAAUCUGCAGACGACAACCCCGACCGCGAUCGUGUCCCACGCGCAGCAGCAACAGACAACCGCUACCGUGGCCGCCACUACCUCCGAGGUGCGCAAUCUCCAGCAAGCGCCGCAGUCGCAAGCCCAGGUUCGGCAGACGGCUAUCCAGAACGAGGCGGCGGAAUCGACGACGAUGUCAACGAUAGCUCCGGCGACCGUCGCCGCCACCGCCCCGGCAAACGUACCUGUGUCGAAGAAUAUGGUGCAGAUAAUUGAUGACAUAGACGUGAUACAGAAAAAGAUGAUACCGGAUGUGAUCAAUAAGGACGAGCUGAACGACAUCAUCGACGACCUCGAAGAAAUUAUCAAGAACGACAGGAUUUCACAGACGCUCGACACGAGUGGCUCGACGACGACGACGACAACGACGGCGGUUAUCAGUCUCGCGAGUAUACCCCAGCAAGUGACGGAAACACCGAUAGCAGCAACCGGACCGAGGCCGCAGCCGAGGGACGUGGACGAGGCCGUGUCGCUGUCCGAUUCGCCGCAAAGCGAAAUGGCGAUCGAGGAGAUCGACUCCAGUACGUCGAACAUCGCCGAGAUUAUUGGGACCGUGGCCAUAGAUAGGCCGCAGGAACCUAAAAUUAUCGUCGCGGAGAUCACGAAGACCGUGCCAAACACACCGGAGACAAAGUCCGAGACGAGUGCUUGCGACAAGAGGACGACUUUGACGGAGAAACUCGAGAUACAAAUCAAUGACGGAGAAACUGGUAAAGAUACUCCACCGGAGGAGAAGCAACCUAACGUUGACGCGAAAUCCGUGGAUGCUGCGGCGAACGUAGAAACUGAAGAAAAGGACUCUAAACCUCUGGACGAAACGAAGGAAACGAUACGCGAGAUCGUGGACGAGGAGGUAGAAGAGGAAGACGACGAGGAAGAAGAGGCAGAAGUGGCUGCACCUAAUGCGGACAAAGAGUCGUCCGGUAGCGUUAAAGAGCAGAAGGAGGCACCGGAAGACACUGAAGGUAAAGAUAACGCGGGAUUAGAUCAAUUACAAAUAUAUUUGGCGAAAAUUACAGGGGAUCAGCAGGACGUGCCGUCCGCGGAGAUUGUCAGCGUCUCGUCGGAGGUGACGAACGAGCUGCCCAGUGCCGAAGAUACGGAAAAGUCGCAGGACAUCAGCUUGAUCCUGGAGGACGACGAGAGCAGUCAGGGUUCGGAGAGUAAGAGGAAAGCGGUGGCGGAGGAGCAGAUCAUCGAGAACACGGUCGAGAGCGCGGAAUCCUUGGAAUCGUUCAAGGAGGAGUCGGUAAAAGAGAAGACUGUCGUGGAGACGAAGGAGGAAGCUUCGAUAAAAUCACAGGCGGAAGAAGCGAACGAGGAAACGUCGGAGAUAUUCACAGACGGGUUUAAGAAGGAGGAGGUCAAGGACUCCUCGGAGGAUACUACGAGUUCCAUCUUGCAGGGCGUAGAAGUCAAAGAGGAGGAGGCCGGCGGCGAGCCGGCCGAGGGGAACGACGAUACCACACGUGUGGCGACCAAACCUGACGAAAAGAGCGUCAAGAGCGAAUCGGUCGAGGCCAAGACGGUCGAUGCGGAAAUGAUCGUCAAGAAAACCGAGACUGUGGAAGUGAAGUCCGAGGAACCAAAAACCGAAACGAAAUCGGAAGCUAACGGUUCGUUCCAGAGGAAGAGCCCGCUUCUAUCGGAGACCGCUAAGAGAGAGAAAGAGCUGGUGGUAAAGGUGGAAAAGUUGGAGAAAGAGGAGAAAGAGGACGUCAAGAAGAAGCUCGUGGAAGGUGAGCAGAGCAUAAAGAAGGAGAUGGAAUCUGCGGUCGCGGAGGAGCCCGGGGAACUGGACGAGGAGGAGUCCUCGUUGAGCAAAUUGAGCAGCAGCCGGGCGAUGAAGACGUACUCCAAGAAGCAGAACGUCGCCGUGGACAGCGAGCCGGAGAACGAGGGCACCGGGGAGGGUGCGGAUUAUCGUGCUUGGAAGAAGGCGGUGAUGCUCGUCUACAAUCGUCUGGCCACGCACAAGUACGCGUCGGUGUUUCUCAGGCCGAUCACGGAGGACCAGGCGCCCGGGUAUCAUUCGGUGAUCUUCCGACCGAUGGAUCUGUCGACCAUCAAGAAGAACAUCGACAACGGCACGAUCAGGUCGACCAUGCACUUUCAGAGGGACGUAAUGCUCAUGUUCCAGAACGCGAUCAUGUACAACAAGCACGAUACGUUUAUCUUUAAAAUGGCAGUCUCGAUGCAGGAGGAGUGCUUGCAGCAUAUGCAGAUUUUGGUUCAAGCAACGGGAGAGGGAACGUUUCGGAGGGAGACCAGGACAGCGGCGAGCAGUAGCAGCGAGGCGAACGAGAGCAGCCUUAAGCGGAAACGAAGUCAUAUCACUCCGAGUCCCCACGAUACCGACAGUCCGCGCUCGAAGAAACGCAGAAAAUCCGAGAACGAUUAGAGUGCAUUAAUGCAAGCUGUACAUACAGAUGUAAAGCUACGUUCGUGCGUUAUAGGGCAAUAUUGAAGGAGAGGAAAUGAAUGGCGGAGGAGAAAUACAGACAUAUUUUUCAGGCAUUGACGAAGUAUAGAUACUGGAAUCAUGUGCGAGAAGUGGUAUCUAAAGCCUACGAGGAAAGCUUAAAGUGUGAUAUAAUCAUUGUAUAAAAUUAAUUGAUCUCUCUCGUAUUUUGUAAGGUCAAUUACAAUACAAGAUUAAGAUACUCGUGUAACAGUUCUGAAAGUUGUAAAAUAUUUAAGCGUUACGAAGUCCGUUUCAAUUUAACUUUUCCGUCUUCGACGUCGAUCUUUUUGUCUUUAAAUAUAACAAGAGAUUAUAUUUUAAAAAAAGAGGCUAAAGAGAUAAAUUUCUUCUCUUAAAGAUGCCGAUUGUAUUAUGUAUAGUUUUGUUUCCUGCAAACGUGAAAUAAAUAAAAAUUUAGCGAAAAAUUAGUGAGUUUCUGAAAA